ACGCCGCCUCUGGUGCUAAUCACAUGCAAUCCUACAAUCUGUCCAGCGUACUAAAUCCAGACACCUCCUCGCAACAAUCAACAAUUACACCAGCCUCGACACAGCCGUCCUCGUCCAUGGCUACUGCUACAGUGAGCCUCAUGGCUCCCCUCCUGCAGCAGCAACAGUCUCAGGAAGAGCCGCGCCAGGACCUGCCGCGCCCUUACAAGUGCCCUCUUUGUGACAAGGCCUUCCACCGUCUAGAGCACCAGACCCGUCACAUCCGCACCCACACCGGAGAGAAGCCCCAUGCCUGCACUUUCCCGGGUUGCACAAAACGUUUCUCUCGCUCAGACGAACUCACCAGGCACUCGAGGAUUCACAAUAACCCCAACUCAAGAAGGGGCAAGGGUCAGCACGCUGCUGCCCACCAGGCUGCUGUCGCCGCCGUUCAGGCAGGUCUUGUCGAGCCUGGCUCUGCCCUUGCCCACAUGAUGGCUCCUCCUCCACCAAAAACCAUCUCUCGCAGUGCGCCUGGCUCAGCAAUUGGCUCGCCCAAUGUAUCGCCUCCUCACUCAUUCUCUAACUACUCACCCAAUGUUGGCAACGACUUGGCUGCCUACCGCCACGGCGGCCUCAGCAGCAACAGCAGCCCUAACGGCAUGUCAAGAAACAUGGAUUUGCUCGCGGACGCGGCUUCGAGACUCGAGAACCGCCACGGACACCACUCUCACUCAAGUCGUCACCACCUCACUAGCCACGGAUACCAUCCGUACAGCAACCACCGCCUCCCUGGCCUUUCCCAGUAUGCCUACUCUUCACAGCCAAUGUCGAGGUCGCAUUCCCACGAGGACGAUGACCCGUAUUCGCACAGAAUGACGAAGCGGUCGCGACCGGGUUCGCCGAUGUCCACAGCACCGCCUUCGCCGACAUUCUCCCAUGACUCUGCUAGCCCCACCCCCGACCACACUCCCCUCGCGACACCAGCUCAUUCGCCCCGACUUCGACCGCACGGAUUCAACGACCUCCAGUUACCUCAUCUGCGCCACCUGAGUCUCAACCAGAACUAUGUCCCUGCGCUUGCACCUAUGGAGCCGCAGACAGAUCGCGAAGCUCCCUACGUUCCUAGCGCAUCAUCUGGACUUAGGAUCGGCGACAUCAUCUCAAAACCUGAAGGUGCGCAGCGCAAACUUCCUGUUCCUCAGGUCCCCAAGGUCGCUGUGCAGGAUCUUCUCAACGGCCCCACAAAUAGUGGUUUCUCUUCCGGCAACUCCUCAGCAACACCCUCGAUAGCUGGCGAGGACCUUGCACACCGCACAUAAAUUUUCCCUUACCACUGCAUGGAACGGCGCAUGGGUAGCAUUGCAUGAAUUUUGGAUUAGCGAGCGUUCUACGCAAUCAUAGAUGGACUAAUGAGGGGUUCAACCCGCGGAAUACCACGACUUCAGUUCUCGAACUCAGAUCUCCAACAACAUAGACUUUCAGAUUUUCUUUUGUCGAAUUCAAUACCCCAGGAAUCCUCGCGAUCCCAGUCUUGUAUUCUUCUUCCACUCAAUUUUGCUUUUGGCCUGCCGCCGGGCGUACGGGGUACGCUUGUUUAUUGGCAGGUUACUGGUUAGACAACAAACCAACGCCUAGCGCGUAAUCGAAACUCAUACAUUCCAC